AUGCCUCAGACACCUCCUUUUUCAGCAAUGUUUGACAGCAGUGGUUACAACCGAAAUCUCUACCAGUCUUCAGAGGACAGCUGUGGAGGCUUGUGUUACCAUGACAACAACCUCCUUUCUGGAUCUCUGGAGGCACUUAUCCAGCACUUAGUACCCAACGUGGAAUACUAUCCAGAUAGAACAUAUAUAUUCACCUUUCUGCUCAGUUCUCGGUUAUUCAUGCAUCCUUACGAGCUAAUGGCCAAAGUCUGCCACUUGUGUGUUGAGCACCAGCGGCUGAGUGAAGGGGAUAGUGACAAGAACCAGAUGAGAAAAAUUACACCUAAAAUUCUUCAACUCCUGACAGAAUGGACAGAAACAUUUCCUUAUGACUUCCGGGAUGAGAGAAUGAUGAGAAACCUGAAAGACCUGGCACACAGGAUGGCCAGUGGCGAGGAGCAGACAUACCGAAAGAAUGUCCAGCAGAUGAUGCAGUGUCUGAUCCGAAAACUGGCCGCCCUCAGCCAGUAUGAGGAAGUCCUGGCAAAACUCAGCUCCACAGCCACAGACAGGCUCACAGUUCUGAAGACUAAGCCACAGUCCAUACAGCGGGACAUCAUGACAGUCUGCAGCGACCCUUACACGUUGGCCCAGCAGCUGACUCACAUUGAGCUGGAGAGACUCAAUUACAUUGGUCCAGAAGAAUUUGUUCAGGCGUUCGUGCAGAAGGACCCUUUGGACAAUGAUAAGACUUGCUACAGUGAACGGAAGAAAACGAGAAAUCUAGAAGCCUACGUAGAAUGGUUCAAUCGCCUAAGCUACUUGGUUGCUACAGAAAUCUGCAUGCCUGUGAAGAAGAAACACAGAGCAAGGAUGAUUGAAUAUUUUAUCGAUGUGGCUCGAGAGUGUUUCAACAUUGGGAACUUCAAUUCCUUGAUGGCAAUAAUCUCUGGUAUGAAUAUGAGCCCGGUCUCGAGACUAAAAAAAACUUGGGCCAAAGUGAAGACUGCGAAGUUUGACAUUCUUGAGCAUCAGAUGGACCCUUCAAGCAAUUUCUACAACUACAGAACAGCUCUCCGAGGGGCAGCACAAAGGUCUCUAACUGCACACAGUAGCAGAGAGAAGAUUGUGAUACCAUUCUUCAGUCUCUUAAUCAAAGAUAUUUAUUUUCUCAAUGAGGGCUGUGCCAACCGCCUUCCAAAUGGCCACGUCAACUUUGAGAAAUUUUGGGAACUGGCCAAACAAGUGAGUGAGUUUAUGACGUGGAAACAGGUGGAGUGUCCAUUUGAACGAGACCGGAAGGUCAUGCAAUACCUGCUCUCAGUGCCCGUGUUCAGUGAAGAUGCUCUCUACUUGGCUUCAUAUGAGAGUGAAGGUCCUGAAAAUAACAUAGAGAAGGACAGAUGGAAGUCUUUAAGGUCCAGCUUGUUGGGAAGAGUUUAA